AAAUCACGUUCCCUUGAUCCGGAACAUCUUCGUGGGAGUUUGUCCUGUGUACCUAUUAUGGAAAGUAACGCCUUUGGAAGCAGUCACAUACCGUCACAAGCAUUGGUCGUUUUAUCGGAGGCUGCUUCCGGUUUGCAUGAGGCUCUAAGAGGACAACGUCCAUUCCCCGCACGGUACCCUUUCUUGCAGUUACCUGACGCCAAAGAUCUCCACAACAUGUCACUAGUCGGCAGUUAUGGCUCCCACUUGCUGCACACCUUCCAUCCCCAUCUCCUGCAGACCCUCAACCACAACAUGCUGGCGGCAAAUGGCUCAGCGGCGGCGGCCAGUUACUUUGCCAGCGAACGAGCCGCUCUGGGCAAGCCGUCGGUGUUGGGUAAUUUCCAAUUGCCAUCGGCAUUUUCACCGCCAAAAUACAUUGGAAUUUCACUGGACCAGAAUCUCUUCAAUGGCAAUGACUCGUUUCGCACCGACUCAGCCAGUCCCACAUGCACAUCCCACGAAUCAUUGGAGGGCUCCAACGACUACGAUGCCGAAAAGGGUGAAAGUCCACGCAGCAAUGCCUCCGAUCCCCGGGAUUUAAGGCAUACCCAUCGCAGUGACAAACCAUCGACAUCAUGUGCCUCCUCCAUGGCUGCCGUUUCGGCAGCAGCCGCCGCAGCUGUGGCCUCCAUAGCCUCGUCACAGGCAGCAGCGGCCGCCUCUUCGGCCACGGUGUCAUCACACAUGUCCCACCACCCACAUCAUCCCCAUGCUCCGCCCCACCAUGUACAGCAUCAUUUACCCCCGCUCAGUGCCCAUCAUCAUCACCAUCAUCCGAACAGCAGCCUCUUGGCAGCGGCCAGUAUGAGCCAUAGUUUGGGCUUGGGUGGUCCACCGGGUCUGAGACCACCACCAGGCCAUAUACCAGAUAUGUGUCCUGUUUGCGGCAUUAAACUAUCAGCCGAUGAGUGGAACUCUCAUUUUCUAACGGAACUGGAUCGUUUGUAUAAAUUGAGUUCCGGCAUGGAGAGAUCGAAUUUACAGGCCACUUAUAUGUUUGCCCAACCCUGCCCCUCACAAGAGAAUGCCAUUAGAACCAGCCAUAAUCGUUGGGAGACCUUCCAAAGAAUACGCAACAAUCGCCAGAAUCGUUUGCGCAUCAAGGUACGUAAGCGUAAAUAUGGCGACAUGUAUUUCAUGGAGAAUAUGUUUUGCAAUUCCUGUCCGAUUUGCAAGAGGAAAUACGCCCUCGAGGUUGGUGGUAAACUGCCAGAUGAUGAGAAUAAGCAACAGGAUGAAAUCGAAACUGUAGAUGUGGAAUCUUGCAAUGAUGAUGUACCUGAUUCGAAUUCGGAAAUGUCACAGGUACAUCAUGCUCAUAUGCCAGCUCUCAGUGGGAGUAGCAGCCAUAGUAGUAGCCAUAGCAGUUCAGGUGGUGGUGGUGGAGGUGCCAGUACCCCAGGUGGGGCUAAUUUGCACAACAGUAAUAGCCAGCCGGGAAAAUUGGAUGGCAUACUGUACAGAACUGCCAAUUGUGCCAUAAGUAAGGAUAAUAUGCAUCAGACAGCCGAGGAGGAUAUUAGCACAAAUGUGGCCACCACCACCACCACCAGUGGCAGUAACAGCAGCAAUAGCAGCAGUGCUGGAAGUAGCAGCAAUUGGACAGAAGCUCACAAUCCAGGCAGUAAUAUCAACAGCCAUACGAAUGCGGGUCAGGGGCAUAUAUCAGUGAAAAAUGUCAGCGAAUUAUCCUCGACAACCCAUCAUUACUACAAUGCCGAUUCCUGCAAUGAGGAACGCAGCGCCAAGGACAUGUCCAUGGAUACUUGCAAUAAUGACAGCGAUGAGGAUGUUAUUGUGGAUGAUGAUGAUUCCAUUAAAAUGACAAGCUAUAACAAGAAGAGGAAAUAUGAAGAGGCCAUGGUGGGCAGUAGCAGAAUUUCAGACAACCCCUCACCGGUGGAGGAGAGGCCACGUUCUGAGCCCCAGGUUACCAGUACCGAAACCACCGUGGAAAAUCCCCAUAACAAUAAUAAUAACAACAACACCACAAAAUACACAGCAUUUGAAGAUUUGAGAAGUAAACACAUGACCCAUCACGGCCAGCAGCUGCAAAUGCAGCAUCACCAACCACUUGAAGGGGAUUCACCCAAUGGCCAUGGCCAUGGACAGGUGGCACCACCACAUCCCGGCCUCAUGCCAGGCCUUGCAGCAGCACAACAACAACAGCAACAAUUGGACUCAAAGGUGGGAAAUAGUUCGGAAAUAAAACCCGACAAUGAAGAUGAUAACAAAUGUUUCAUUUGUAAGACAGGUAUAAAGGACUUUGCGUCGGACACAUUUUUGAGGGGGCGUAACUUUUAUUUCCAUCAGAGUUGUGCCAAUGUCAUGAGCAGUUAUCGUUUGAACAAAGAACUUCAGCAGCAGCAACAACAGCAACAUCUUCAUCAACAAACCGAAGUUGGCAGCAGUGAUAAACCAGCCACGGUGACACAAUCCCAACCGCUGCCAACUUCACAGCAACAUGUUGACAAUGGCCAGGCAACACACAAAGAAAGUUAAGACAAUGAGAAUUGGAGUAAUAACUAUAGCGAAAAUAAAUUGAGAGAAUAAAAACAAAGAGAAUCUAAUUUGUUGCCAUACAAGAAGGAGAAAUUCUGAUAAAUUUAGAUGUAUAGCAACAUGUUGCCGGACUGGGGCAACAUUCAGAAAAGUCCAGUUAUUUCAAUGUCAAAUCAUCAAAUGACAAGUCUAAUUGAUGUCAAGUAUAAAUCUGUGAAAAAUUGGAAGGGAUUUUAAGUCGAGAAAAACAAAAAAAAACAUUAUAGCAACUUGUUGCUAGACUAGGAUUUUUCCUGCAACAUUUGAAGAGAAAAUGCUCAAAGCCCAUAGAAUUUAUGCAAAUUAUGAUAGAUCAUGGUUAAGCAAAUGCUCUCCUUACUCGGAAAUAAAUUUCACAGAGGAUUUUACAUGAAUCACCAAAAUCUUUUGCAACAUGUUGCCAGACACAUGUGUACAACAGCCACUACCAUCUACCACGAUAUCUUCAAAAAGGCCAUAAACCACAAAAUAAAAUAUGAAAGAAGUAUAAUUUAGAUAAGAAUUUUAAUAAUUUAAUGAAAAAAUUUAGAGACCCCCUUCCCCCUCUGUCCCUACAAUCAAAGAACGCGACAAAACAUAUAAAGAAUUUAUUAGAGAAAAAGGAGAAAAGUAAA